ACAAGAUGGGUACUCGGAAUAUGUCGUCAGUACAUUAAGAUAUUACCCUUUCCCUAGAAAAGGCUUUUAUGAUGUUUGUAAAGAGCAUUUUUGUGCUGCUAACGACAUGUAUCCCGGUGGCAGCUCAAUCUUUCACAUGGACUGCUCCUCCUCCAGCCUGGAGCCCGAAGGGAGCAGAUGACAUUCGAACUGUUAAUUUUCCAGUGCUGAAUGGAAGUAUUAAUGUGUAUUUAAGGUGGAACUACACAUUGGGAACUGGGGAAUUUCUUUCAUCAACUGUUUGGCUACUGGGAGGAAAUCAGAUUAUCUUCGUAGGCGCUGGGGCAACAGUAAUCAGGGACGAUCGUUUUGAUCACGACAAAAGUGAGGUGGCCACUUUGAUAAUUAAGAAUGUCAGUGAGGUGGAAGAUGCUAUCAUUCAGUGUGGCGUUCAGACGAGUGCAGGUAACUGGAAAUAUAACAUACGACUGGAAAUCACAGAACCUCCUGAAGUUGUUGUUAGCAAUGAUCAAGAUGUUUGUGAGGGUUCUAUGAUAACCCUGAGUUGCAAUGCAACUGGUAAACCAACACCAAAUAUUACAUGGACAAAAGAAGGGGAAAAUGGUACUGAUAGUGGACCACUACCGUCUGUGAAGGGAUUUUAUGUCAUCAGUGGUAUAAAUAGAAGCUCCAAUGGUACAUACCGUUGUACAGCAUCCAAUGGAGUUGGGGACGGUGAUAAUAAGACAACAAAGGUGAUUGUAGGAAAUUCUUCAUCAGUGGAUGGUGUAGUUAACUCUUCAAACACUGCAGAUGAAGGUUAUCCUUACAACCUGACUUGUGAGGCAUCUGGGGUUCCUAGGCCAAGUGUUUCUUGGAUUAAAGUUAGCAAUGGUGAGCGCCGUGCUGGAAAGUUAUUAAAUUUCACUAGCAUUGGCAGAAAUGAUGUUGGAAAUUACACAUGUGAAGCAAGUAAUAGAUGUGGAAGGGACUCUCAGACUAAAGCUAUCAAUGUGUUGUUCAAACCAGAGAUUACCCAGUUCAAAACAUCUGCUGUCCACCACAAAGUAUGUCAGAAUGAUGUCAUCAGCCUCAACUGUGCUGCUGAUGCCUAUCCACCUGUGACGUCAUACCAGCUGUACGAGAAUGACACUGCUAUCUUGUACACAAACACUUCUGGAAUUUGGAGCAGGAACAUGUCAACUAAGGGAGUGUUUAUAUACAAAUGUAGGGCAAACAGCACUUAUGGGACAGGAAAAAGUGGAACGAUUCCCAUUCAUGUGUAUGUGCCUCCAUCCAUGCAAGAAAUAGACAAUCUGACAAUAACUGAGGGGAACGAUGUGACUCUUAUAUGUCACGCAUCUGGAGACCCUCCACUAGAGGUGUUUUGGAUCAAACCUGAUGGACAGCGUGCUGCCAAAAAUGUUUUGAUGCUUCCAAACAUUACAAGAAAUGAAACUGGGGAAUACAGAUGUGAGGCCACUAAUGAUUGUGGGACUGUUUCAUGGACAGCAAGUGUUGAUGUGCAAUAUGGUCCAAAAUUUCCCAUCGAGUCCAGUAAUUGCAAAGAGUAUGUUAAAAAAGAUGAUCAUUUUAUCAUGGAGUGUCCUGUAGAGGGAAAUCCCCAACCAAACAUCACGUGGUCUGAAGGAGGGAGAAUUUUAAGUCACAACAAAUCCAAAAUCACUCUCAAAUCCCAGCAUAUUGGUGAGCACAUAUAUACGUGUACUGCUUACAAUGGAAUUGGGAAGCCCGACAGCUUAACGUUUCUCCAUGUUGUAAACGAUAUUGUAAAAAAGGAUUUUAUUUACAAGAUAAAAGACAAAUCGGAAUUUACGAGGCAAUUAAGUGAAGACAACAAAAAACAAAUAGAAGUUCAAGAGAAGAUCACGAAAGUUAUUCCAGAAUGUCAUAAACAUGAAGUUGGCAAAAUCGAAUUCAGGCCAGGAAGUAUAAUCAUAUAUAUUCAUCUCUCAUUCGAAAAACCCAUGGGGCAAGAGGCAUUAACAUCUAUGCUUCAGGAAGCUGCCAGACAGGGGCGCCUAGGCGAUAAUAUUGAUCCUGAUUCAAUUACAGAUGUAUCAGACAUCCCAGCAAAGCACAAAUGUAGUGGUCUUUACGAGGAUGAUCAAAUUUGCAAGACAGUCAAAACUCUUUGGAUUGUAGUAUUUGCCGUUGUAGUGCUCGUGUUUGCUGUUGUUAUCAUUAUAAUCAUUUACAUGGUACACAAAAGAAGAAAGUGCAGGCGCAAAGAUCAAAGGA